AGUGUGUGUUUCAAACCCACGCCCAGUGACAUACACUGACUGCCUUCACUGAGAGGAGAAGGUGAGGCUAUACAGGGCGUCCGGAGAUUGGCGAAGAGAAGCUCAUUUCCCCUUGUCGCCUUUACAUUUAAAUUGACAGACGACUUCGACAAUCCCAGGCGUUUGUGGCCAUUCGCCAACAACCCGGCCAGCCAUGAGCUACAGGUCGCAAGAUCAAGGAAGCACGCUCCAGUAUGGCGAUCGGCUUUUGAAACCGACCGGCCGAUCGAUCUAUGAGCAGAGGAAGAAAUACGCCAACACCAACUUCAUCAUGGAGGAUCGUUCUCAAUACCACGUCAAUCAUCUGGCCACCUUCCCCCUGGGACCUGGGGAGGAGACCCAGACAGUGGACGAGUCCAUCAAGAAACUGAAGUCCAUGGAUAGCAAGGGCCGGAUCUGGACUCAGGACAUGUUGCUGCAGGUCCACCCCCUGGCCGUCAGCCUGGUGGACAUCGAGUCCAAGGAAGAGCUGGAGAACUACCCUCUGUCGGCGAUCGAGAGUUGCGAGUCACUGUUGGACAACUGGAGGUACAACUCCAUCCUCAUCCUUGUGUGCAAGGAAGCCCACCAGGUCAAGCCGGACAUCCACUUCUUCCAGUGCUCUGAGGUGGGGGCUGACCUGAUCAGGUCCGACAUUAACAGCGCCAUCACGGACAUGAGAAGUGGGAAAGCUGAGAGACCUAACGCUCUCAGGUUGAAUCAGGAGAGGAUGAAUGAACAGAUCUCCCCUUCCCCUCCCUUGCCACUCACCCCUUCACCAAAGAUGGCUCCCAAAGCCCCAAUGUCCUACAGCCCCUUGAUCAGGAGUCAAGGCUCGUCGCCUGUCCCACCAUCUCCGACAACUUCAUCCGACCUCACAGAUUGGAACGACGCGGACAGGAAUCUGGUGGACACGGUGGAACAGAGGAUGUCGCGAGACGUGGCGAUCCUGAACCACACGUUCGACGAUAUCGAGAGCUUUAUGGCCCGGCUCCAGAAAAGCGCUGAGGCCUUCAAGGUUCUGGACCAGAGGAAGAAGGGCAGAAUGGGCAAGAAGAAAACCACCAAGGAAAGCGGAGAGGGCAUGUUGACACUGAGAGCGAGACCACCCUCUCAGGAAGAGUUUGACGAAGUCUUUCAGAAGUACAAGUACUCCUUCAGUUUGCUGGCUCGUGUGAAAACCAACAUUGUCAACCCCAACGCCACGGAGCUCAUCCACUUCCUCUUCGGACCUCUCGAUGUGAUGGUGCAGACUGCUGGCCUGGACGUGGCCAGUUCCGUGGCCAGCCCGUUCCUCACCAAUGACGCUGUCCACCUCUUGACCGACACCCUCAACGAGACGGAGAACACACUGUGGCAGUCGCUGGGCGACCACUGGACCAAACCCAGAUUGGAAUGGCCCCCUGACCAGUGGGGUGCCCCCUACACCGCCUACUUCCGCUCUGGGUGGGUGCCCGACCGGCUGGACCCCAACAACGCCCCCUGGGAUGACCCCGUCGAACUCCAGCACAAGCACGAGUUCCUCCGCAUGCAGCAAUCUGGCCCUCAGACGGUCCCCAUCAAACUGACCAAUGGGAACCACGAGGCUGGAAAGAAGAUGAGAUGCAGCUACGACUUUGUGGCGCGGAAUAGCAGCGAGCUCUCUGUGCUCACUGGGGAAGUGGUGGAGGUUCUGGACGACACCAAGCGCUGGUGGAAGGUGGGGAACCAGAGCGGGCAGGUGGGCUACAUCCCCUUCAACAUCCUGGAGCCCCUCCACACACCUGAAAUGCUGGAUGACAACGUCCUGUACUCAGAGGUGACCCCCAAGGAGUUACGGCAGAAGGCCAAGGGAACCCCCCCACCCACGCUACAGAAGAAGGCCAUCAGCGCAGCCGCACCCUGGGAUGCCGAGGCCCUGGGGGUGACACCGAUGGAGAAAGAACGUAACUCCCAGAUCAACGUCAUGAAUGAAGAGCUGCUGCUGAGAAUCGCUAACGGACGCACCAACCAAACCAAGUCCUUCCACGUACACAAGACCCUGGACACCUCGGUCCCCCUGGACUACAACUCCUCUCCAAGUGACGUCGGCACCUGGCUGGAAGCCAAAGGCUUUAACCAAAUGACGGUGAACUCGCUUGGAAUCCUGACUGGAGCUCAGCUCUUCUCACUGGAGAAGGAGGAGUUGAAAUCAGUGAGUCCAGAAGAAGGAGCGAGGGUCUACAGCCAGGUGAUGGUCCACAAGGCAUGGCUCGAGGAGAAUCGUAGUAUAACGGAGUUGGAAGCCAUCAUGCAGAAACAGAAGAAGAAGGUGGACUCGGAUAUAAAAAUGUCAACGUUGUGAGGAGAAGGGAGGAGAAUCUAUAUUCCCUCCCGACACCAAGAUUCGGCAUCCAGAUGUGCUAUGUUAGUACUGUAGGCCCCUCUGUAUCACCCAGAGACUUUGUACAUAGGAUAUUGUACAUAGGACGAAUCUCAAUCCCAUAUUUAUCGUCUUUGAUCAGCAGAAGCCACGUUGGGGGGGUGGGGGGGGGGUGGGAUUGUACAGAUUUCUGAGCGACUUCUUAGCGCGAUGUGAGUUAAAGAUGGCCGCCUUCUCCGUUGUCCAACGACAAAGUUGACCACUGGCGGGCGCGAGGCAGAUGGAGCCAGUCAGCAGCUUGUCGGAACAAGGAGAAAGGAGAUAAUACUUUUUGGCCACAAACAUUCCUUUCGCGACGAGGCUCCGUCUUCGAUGUCCUACAACAAAGCUGAACGCUGUCCAUAUAUACCCGUGGGCACAUUGGUGGAUGGUGGAGAGGAGAUGAUGAGGAGGAGGCAGAGGUUUGAGCAUUGAUGGGCAACUUUUCGAAGAACGAUGAAGAGGAAACCAAGAGAAUAAUUUAUAGGUCUUUGUUUUGUUUUGAUUGGGUUUGUAAAUUCUAAUUGCAAUUUUUUUUGUGUGUGUGUUGUGUGUGUGUGUGUAUUGUGUGUGUGUGUGUGUGUGUGUGUGUGUAUUGUGUGUGUAUUGUGUGUUGUGUGUAUUGUGUGUGUGUGUGUGUGUGUGUGUUGUGUGUG